AUGCCAGGCAGGGUCAUUGCCAAUGCCUUCGCCUCUCAUUCUCUAAGGAAAUCCGUCAGCUCACUCGCUAUCCCACUCAAUACCCUAUGGCCUGCUAAUAUCUCAAACGCCGCGCCGUCGUCGUCGUCAGACUCCCCGUCACCGCCAGCAACUUUUUCAGCCCCGUCAUCAAGCAAUGUAGUCAAGAAAAGCGCCUACGCAGACCUGAAAUAUUCCCUGUCGAUUUCGGGCAACCCGUCACGCGUCUGGAACAACUACCUCACCCUGCUGGACAGCAUCGGCUUCCAGCAACUCCCACUGGAACUUCACCAAGAGGUACUGCGAAAGUGCACUCCGUCUCACCAAAAGCUUCGCCUGGCUGUCACACGGCGUCUGCUGGCGGGGAAUAUUCCAAAAAGUCCCCACAUCAACGAGGGUCGCUUCCAAACAAUCAUUCGCAACAUCCGCGCAGGCGGGAACGUCCCCACCCUCGACGACUACCACUUUGUCUUAUACCAGUUCGCCGCGACAGGUCACUACAUCGGCACCCUCAAUGUCUACCGCGAGUUGAUGCACCUUGGUCAUAUACCGACAGCGAAGACGCUCGGGUUGUGUUUCCAGGCCAUUGCUCACCGGUUUACGCUGCCAAUAACCGAUGCCGACCGUCCCACUAUCGUCGAACAAACGCGUCAAAUGUAUUCCGAGAUGUUGGCCGACAUGCGUCGCUUCGAUAUCCCAUUGACUUCGGUCAACGCGGACUUGUCGCUCCGGAUAUUGAAGGAGAAUUUGGAUUUGGAGGCGUUGGAAUCCUUGUUGCGAUGGGCGUAUGGGAUUGACUUGUCGUACCCAGACAAGGUUCCAUUGGAAAUGAUGGAAUCCAAAUCUCCUCCGCUACCCUUCUCUACCUCCGCCCUCAACACCACUCUCGAAAUCCUUGGCCAGCACGGCCACAUCUCGAAGAUGGUUCAAGCCUUCGAGGUGCUCACCCAACCACUUCCCCACGCCCAGGAACACUUCUUCUCUACCUUUGACGAGGACGAGGAUGAUAUUGGUGCCAUUUCCAAUAUCAAACCGCCCUUCAAGACUCCUCACGCCACGCCCAACACAACUACCUACACCAUCCUCAUGCGUCACAUAUGUCGAGCUGACCACGCAACUUUUGCCCGACAUUACAUCAACGAGACGAGACAUCUGGACAGGGAGGUAAAUACAAAGCUGCGCAAAGCUUUGCACUACAAACCCCAGAACCUGAAGUUGUCGGAGAUCCCUUCUCCCAAUUUCUCGUUUAACAGAGGGAUUGUCCUGCCCGUUCUUGGUCAAACCAACAGGCGUAAACGGUUCGGCUUGAUGAAGUGGUUGUCGACCAAAAUGCCCAAGAUCAUCAAGAAGAAGAAGCAGGAUCUCGAGUGGUACACCAUGAAGCGCGAUUCUAUCCGCGCGUAUAUGGAGAGCCUGCCCCGUGUACAGCCUGCAGAAGCGAUGGAACCUGCCGACGCUGUAGCUGAGGUGUCCUCCGACUCUUCCCCUUCCAAACUUUCUCCCAAGCCCCAAGCAGAACCCCUUGAUUUGGACACGGAUUCGACAGCCCCGCCUCCCGCCCCCCGCGUCAAACCAAUCAACCUUGACGUACACAUUGAAAUCCUUCGCAAUGACAUCCAAGGACUGGAACACUUUGCUGAGUACCUCGACGACCUCGUCGGACGAACUUCUCAACGCGUCAAAGAGCGACUGGGACGGCGUGUAUGGGCUGGUAAAGACGUUUGGUUUGCGGAGACGCGGAAGAGAGCUGUCAUUUCACGGGAGGAGUGGAUGGACGCUGUUGGGUUCAGGCCUAGGAGGCGGGUUCAUUCGGUCUUGGCUGGGUCGAACCCCAGACCAAGGGCGGUGGGAACUGGUGGGCUGAGGAGUGCGACCUGGGCGAACGAAAAUUACUUCAGUCAUAAUCGGGCUGCGCUGUGGGGACAGAGGUCAUUUUCGACAUCGUUCGCCGGGGUUAAGGCCCAGAGAAGUGGGUCUUUGUCAUCGUAG